GCGCUGGGCUUUUGGAUCGUAGCAUGUGAGUCCCUUGCUUUUUUGUUUAACCGAGAGUCACACCGACUUACCAAUUGAGGGCCCAGGUCAAACUAAAUACUAAAUCGCGCCGACAGGCCUAGGAUUCGGGAUUUGGUGUGCACGAGGAACCCAUGAGCCUCAUCUGUAAGCGUUUCGCUUAUUUAUUUCAGAGUCUGUUGCUCGCUGUUAUCAUUGGUAUAUUCUUAGUGAAAGGUAGGGUCAAACCUCCGGUCCACCGACUCGGCCACUACAGGAAAGUUAGGUGUGCCUUGCCCGCGGGUUUACGGCAACUCAGACAUUUCCAAACACCAACUGAGGAGAUCUUUUCGAGUCAGGAACUCUCUUAACAGACUGUGAUUGGCACACGAUCGCUGAGCUAUACCAAGGAGCUUACUUUAGGCUCGCCAAUGAUCAUAGCAUGUUCCUCAAUGUCCUCACACAGGCAGCCUCCGAGGGACCAUUUAAUUCAUACUUAUACCGGGUAAAGAAUUAAAUCCCCCCCUCUUUCCCGAAUGAGCGCCUCUAUACUCAAUCUGAAACGAAACGGUCAAUGGAUCCUUGGGUCCAGCAAUCCGUCCACCGCGGCAGACCAACCAACCACGAU